UAAUCCAAAACCUUAUCCCAACUCCAAUGACUAUUAUCACACUCUCCCUCCCUUGCACAAACCCCUCCUUCCUCUCUUCUACUCCAAAACGAUUCAGAUUCAAUCCCCAAUCCUCACCACAACUCUCCCCCACCCCCUCGUCACCUCUCCAAACUCCAUCACCCCCCAAAACCGGAGUCAUCAUCAUCGGCGCUGGACUCGCCGGCUUAGCCGCCGCUACCCACCUCAAUUCCCACAACAUCCCCUUCCUCCUCCUCGAAGCAUCCGACGCUGUCGGUGGCCGCGUCCGCACCGACAUUGUCGACGGCUUCCUCCUCGACCGCGGCUUUCAAAUCUUCAUCACUGCCUACCCAGAAGCCCAAAAGCUCCUCAAUUACCAAUCCUUGAACCUCCGUAAGUUCUAUUCUGGAGCUCGAAUCUUCUACGAUGGCCAAUUUCACACCGUCGCCGACCCUCUUCGCCAUUUCUGGGACUCCGCCAAAUCCCUUACCAACCCAAUCGGGUCCCUCGUCGACAAGUUACUAAUCGGAUCCACCAGAAUUCGGGUCCUCACCAAAUCCGACGAAGAAAUUCUCACUGCAGAGGAGGUCCCCACAAUUGACUUACUGAAGAAGCUAGGGUUUUCCGAUUCCAUCAUCGGAAAAUUCUUCCGGCCGUUUUUCGGUGGGAUCUUCUUCGACCCUGAGCUCGAAACGACGUCGCGGCUGUUCGAUUUCAUCUUCAAGUGCCUCGCCCUCGGCGACAACACUCUCCCGGAGAAAGGCAUAUCGGCGAUUCCGGAACAGUUGGCGGCGAGGUUGCCGUCCGGUUCGAUCUUGCUGAACUCGAAGGCCGUUUCCGUCGACCUUGAUGACUCCGAAUCGCCGCGUGUGAGGUUGCAGAAUGGCGAGGUUUUGAGGAGCGAGCUUGGGGUCAUCGUCGCGGUUGAAGAACCCGCGGCGGUUCAGCUAUUGGCGGGAAGGAGCGGUCCGCUUCCCAAAAAACCGGCUCGAAGCACUGUUUGUUUGUAUUUCUCUGCGAACCGGGGUCAGAUACCGGUUAGUGACCCGGUUCUGUUUCUGAAUGGGUCGGGUAAAGGAAUUGUGAAUAACAUGUUCUUUGCCACCAAUGUGGCACCAUCGUAUGGCCCACCCGACAAGGGUCUGGUAUCAGUAUCCCUGAUCGGGGUGUUUGAGGGUGUGUCCGAUGAAGAGUUAGUGGGUAAGGUGGUCCAGGAGCUUUCGGGUUGGUUUGGGGAGAAAGUGGUUGGGGAAUGGAAGCACUUGAGGACUUAUCGAAUCGGGUUUGCACAGCCCAAUCAGUGCCCACCCACGGAUCUUAAGAAAAACCAGAGAAUCGAGUCGGGUUUGUUCUUGUGCGGCGAUUACUUGACCUCAGCUACAUUUGAUGGUGCUUUGGUCUCUGGGAGGAGGGCAGCAGAAUCCCUGCUGAGGGAUAGAGCUUUGUCUCCCGUUUAAGAAUCUUUUAUUUUUAUUUAUCCACCAGGAAAUAAAAUUAAUCUUGGUAUUUUUAUCAAACGAUUUAUAUCUUUUUGGAUAGAUAACGAAUUAUCGUUAAUAUUUUAUUAGUUGUCUUCUUCAUUGUUUAUGCAUGAGAAAUCUAAUAUAUU